UGGUCAUGUGAUCAUUCAGUUAGUCAGCUGGGCGUAAUAUCGUGUGUAGCUAGCUAGCUGUCAGGUGUGAACAUGGCAAUAUUUAGCGUGUAUGUUGUCAAUAAAGCUGGGGGGCUUAUUUAUCAGUAUGACAACUACGUUCCCCGAGCUGAAGCAGAAAAAACGUUCAGCUUCCCUUUGGAUUUGGUGUUAAAAAUCCACGACGAGAAAGCUGUUGUUUCCUUCGGCCAACGAGACGGUAUCCGUGUGGGGCAUGCAGUACUGUCCAUUAACGGCGUGGAUGUAAACGGCAAACAUACGGCGGAUGGAAAAGAGAUAAUCGAGUAUCUUAAGGACUCAACGAACUAUCCAGUUUCAAUUCGAUUCGGCAGGGCUCGGUUGUCCUCCAAUGAAAAGCUGAUGCUGGCUUCAAUGUUUCACUCACUCUUUGCCAUUGGCUCACAGCUGUCACCCGAGGUUGGGAGUUCUGGCAUUGAAAUGCUUGAGACUGAUACCUUUAAAUUGCACUGUUAUCAAACACUUACGGGUAUAAAGUUUAUUGUGAUGGCGGAUCCGCGGCAGGCGGGAAUUGACGCCCUGCUGCGGAAGAUCUACGAGAUCUACUCGGACUUCGCCCUGAAGAACCCCUUCUAUUCACUGGAAAUGCCGAUCAGGUGCGAACUUUUUGACCAGAAUCUGAAGAGUUCUUUGGAGAUAGCGGAAAAAGCCGGAACAUUUGGACCUGGUUCUUGAAAAAGAAGACAACUAGAUACUUUUUUAGUUAAUUUUUUUUGUUAUUUACUGCUGUACAGCGUAAAGAAGUCCAGUUUUCUCCACUAUGGGAUAUUUCCUCUGAUGCUCCUGUAUGACUGGGCAGUCGGGGAAGAAAUUUGAGGUCUUGCAUGUUUUAUUCUUACGUCUGACACAGGAGGAAGGAAAUGAGAUUUGGGCUGUGUCAGAUGACUUCAAAAGAUGACCACAUCCCUGUUUUAAGGGGCUAUUUGCUCAAAGGGACUCUAAAUGUGAUCAAGGGCUUUGAUAUAUUGUACUACUAUUUAAUUGGCAACCAAAAACUACUUGGUUUAAGGUAAAGCCUUUGAAAAUCACUUGUGGUCUUGAUUUGUAAAUAUUUCAGCUGUUGCAUGUUUCCUUGGCAUUGUACUGUAUACUGUUUGAACUGCUUACAGCAUACUUGUCCCUUGGGCGGAAUCCUCAUUGUUAUAGGUCUACCUAAUGAUAGUUUAUGUCCGGUAAUUCUUUCAAAAUGUCUGUGAAGGUGUAAAUAUACUUAUCCCAUACACAUGUACAUGAAAUAUUGAUGUAUUUUUUCAAAGGAAAUAAGCAAACCACA